ACGUCAUCACGAUUGUGAGAGCAGCGCACCGCAGUUGUACGGCGUGGAAGCUCGGCAUGAUUUCCCCGGUGCAGAAGAGAAGGCUACGGAUUGUUUCUCACGUAGGCAAUAGCUCGUAGAUGUAAAGUUAUUCGUCUUUAACGGAUUGCUUCAAGUAUUGACAUAAUUUACCACAUUUCUUUGCAAUAAUGGCGCUUUCCAUUGCAACUGUAUGGACAAGGUGCGUCACCGUUCUCUUUGUAUUCAGCGCGAUGUGGGGAAUUGCUUUGUCCAUUAAUCGCUACUCUAUUCCCGAGGAAAUGCAAGAGGGUUCCGUUGUUGCAAACCUGGCUACGGAUUUGGGACUUGACCUUCGCACUCUGAUAACACGCAAGGCAAAGCUUGAUAUCAUCCACAGAAACAAAUAUCUGGACAUUAACAAAGAAACGGGAGACCUGUUCAUACUUGAAAAGAUAGAUAGGGAAUCUAUAUGCUCGAGCAAGACAACGUCUUGUUUUCUGAAAAUGGAUGUCAUAUUUGAAAAUCCCAUUCGAAUCUUUAACAUUGAGCUUGAAAUUAUGGACAUAAAUGACAAUGCACCGGUCUUUCGAAGGGAGACAAUGCACUUGGAUAUUUCAGAAUCUACCGCUGCAGGAGAGAGAUUCUCUUUGACAAAUGCUGUGGAUGCAGAUGUCGGUGCGAAUUCUAUUAAGACUUAUUAUUUAAGCGAAAGCAAGUCUUUUACAAUUGACAUACAGACGGGAAGCGAUGGAUCUAAAUACGUAGAUUUGGUUCUCAACAGUAAUUUAGACAGAGAGGAACAGGCGGUUCAUCAUUUAAUACUAACCGCUGUAGAUGGCGGGGUCCCUGCACGCUCAGGCACAGCCAGCAUCAUCGUUAGGGUUCUGGAUAUCAAUGACAACGCCCCUUUUUUUAACCAGCCGAUAUAUGCUAUUAAUGUAACUGAGAACUCCCCAAUUGGAACUCUAGUAAUGACCUUGAACGCAACAGACUUGGACGAGGGCACUAACGCAGAGAUGAUAUAUUCAUACACGUUAUAUACAUCCGAGAAGACACAAGAAAAGUUCUCUCUAAAUUCGAAUACAGGGGAAAUAAAGGUUAAGGAUGUGAUUGAUUUUGAGGAGAGCCACGGUUUCGAUAUAUAUAUUCAAGCCAGAGACCAAGGAUCUAAUUCGUUAUCCGGAGAUUGUAAAAUAAUGGUAUUUAUUACCGAUCUGAAUGACAACUAUCCCGAGGUUACCAUUAAAUCUUUUAAAAGCACGCUCAAGGAAGAUGUUGCCAUAGGAACAUUAAUAGCAGUGAUCAGUAUAAGCGACAGGGACUCCGGGGACAACGGUGAAGUUGAGCUCACUUUGAACCAACAAACAUCCCUACCCUUCGUUCUUAAUAAGUCUUCGGAGGAUUACUUUGCUCUGCAUGUUUCAGAACCACUGGACCGUGAGACAAUUCCAAGAUAUGACAUCACUUUCAUAGUCACAGACAAAGGAACACCUCGCUUAUCUGACAAUGAGACAAUCACCUUGGAGAUACUGGAUGUCAACGAUAACUCGCCAAUAUUCCCCCAGUCGUUCUACACAAUCCAUGUUGUAGAGAACAACGUCCCCGGUGCACUGUUGACGUCACUCAGUGCUUUCGACCCGGACCUCCAUGAGAACCAGUAUCUGGUGUAUUUUAUCAUGGAGAAGGAGAUCAUCAACACAUCUAUGUCCAUGCUUUUCUCCAUUAAUCCAGAGAAUGGCAACCUUUACGCUCUAAAGACCUUUGACUUUGAGAGGGAGAGGGAGUUCCUUUUCCACAUAGAGGCCAGAGACUCUGGGGUACCUCCACUGAACAGCAAUGUGACAGUUCACAUCAUCAUUCUGGAUCAGAAUGACAACACCCCGCUCAUAGUGUCACCUUGGCGUGCGCAGGGCUCGGUUAUUGAAGAGGUGAUACCGAGGUCCACUGAGAAAGGAUUCCUAGUUGCCAAAGUAAUCGCCAUUGACGCAGACUCAUUACAGAAUUCACGGGUCACAUAUCAGCUUCUACAGAUCAGUGACUCUAGCCUCUUCAGUCUAGAUCAGUACAAUGGGGAGAUCCGGACCACGAGAAUGUUCAGCUAUAGGGACCCCCGUCAUCAGAGGCUGGUUGUUGUCGCCAAAGACAAUGGAGACCCCGCUCUUUCCGCUACAGUCACCAUCAAGAUAUCAACAGUAGAACACAUGGUGACGCCAUUCUCAGAAACUACUGAGGUGCCUUUGGAAUAUGACUUGUUCACAGACUUAAAUCUGUAUUUGGUCAUUGGUUUGGGCUCAGUAUCCUUUCUGCUAUUGAUCACCAUAUUGGUGGUCAUCGUGCUGAAGUGUCAGAAACCGAACCCCAUGAAGAUGCCUCCUGCUAUGAAUAUGAAUCUGAACAGUCUAAACAGGAACAGUGUGAUCAGCAGAAACAGUAUCAUCAGCCAGAGGAGCUCUACCAUAGCCGAUUCCACCCUCAUCUCCAGUGAUGCCUACUGGUACAGCCUGUUUCUAGCAGAGACCAGGAAAGGCAAGGUGGUUGUCCGACAGCCUAUAGUACCGAAGGGAGCAGGCUACUUUGUGUCCAGUAUACCCAGAAGCACAGGGCCUACAGAGACCAGCGACUCGAGAGCAUCCACGCUACAGUACUCAAAAUGAAAGGAAGCCCAUUCUACAGCUGGAGGAUUCCAGAGCCAGCAGUGACCUGCCAUGAUGUCCUCAAUCUGGGGUAUUCGGCUGCAGAACGUUCAAAGAAGUUAAGAGUGACCAACACCCCUCCUUCAAUCACUGGGAUCCAACAGUUACCUCUGGGGACAGCUCGUCGAACCCUCUGCCCAGACAUACCACACCAACCACCUCAGCAACUAUAGACUACCUUUAUCAUCUUCCAUCAAGCAUGAAUCUGCAUGGCUACAUCAACAGGUACUUGUAUUUAGAAAAUAUCAUAAAGAAGAAAGGAACAUCAAACAUAAGGUCUUUCAGACAACUUUGGACUGAUGUCAUUAUGCACAGCACCCUCCCUGGGACUUUUGACUGUAAAUGUGGGACCAGGCACUCAAUAUCUUCCAAAAUCCUACCUUACCUCUCCAAGAAACACAUUACACAAAAGGGAUAUUCUGUUUAGUUAUUGUGAGGGUUCCUCAUCAUUGUGAUGUCAAUGCAUUAGGGGUAUGUGUGAGAGGUCACAAUAUGGUCAAUGCCAUCUGUUAGCUGUUAGCUAGUGAAAUAACUAUCUUUAUUCAUCUGUGAAUGUGUAGUGUGCAUAGAUAACUUUUGUACAUUUUGUUUAGAAAUAAGACUAACAUUUUUCAUCAUUUGGCUUUCUAGACCUUACCAAUUUUCUUGAAUGUGUUGAAUUAUGUUUUUGACUCUGAACAUCAGCCUAUGUUAUGGGAUUAUUUAUCUCCUGAGACAUGGUAUGGGAUGUGCAUGUUGAGUUGGUCACAAGAUAGAUCAAUACCUCAUACCUGUCAUUCAAUGAGCCAGGUAGGAGAGAAGUACCCCAUCUUACUCCACUUCACAUUGCAGACAGAGAUAGCUAAUAUAUUCUCACGGUUCAAAUCUUCAUGAUCACAUUUGACACUGAUGCUAUAUUUAGUAUAUUUUGAUGAGAAACAUUUCCUGCUCAGCAUGUAUAUAUAAAGCACAGACUAGAAUCCAUUUUUUGUGUGAGAAUCAUGUCCAAGGAAAAACUCAGGACAGCGAGAAACACCCAGAUUUAGUUCCUACCUGCCUAAGCAGGACAAUAUGAGGGUCAAAUGUAGCCAACACUGUAUGUAGAAUAUCCGAGGCACUAAAGGGGUUCACUUUACAACAAUUUAUCAUACCUCUGUCUGAGCCUUCUCAACUAAACUGCACAGGCCUCUGCCAGGUUUCAAUCACUGUAACACUUACUCCAUCCCACACUCCCAGUGUCCCUGCCACUGUGAACAAACCUCAGAUCAUCAGCUAAAGGAGAAUUCAGUGUUAAACAGGAAGCUUAGAGGAAGAAACCAUGUGUACUUUAUAUAAGAAAUGUUACUAUAUUCACUUAAAAAAAUAAGACUGUUUAAAAAAAAGUAUUUAUUGUAUAUUUGAAAUGUAUUUAUGUUGGCAUGGUGCAAUACAAUACUCUGGCCAUGUUUUUAAAGUUUACAAUGUUUUAUGAAUUGUCAUGUUUUUAUUGGAUAUUUUGACCUAACAAUUGUUAACACUGCUUUUUAUGUGACUUAUUCAAGUGCAUUGUGUAGCCUACUGUAUGACAUUUGUAUUGCAAUACAUCAUUCAAAUCUUUUAUCUGAUACAGUGUACAGACAAACAAUCUAAAUUAUUUUAUGAAAUUUGAAUGUAGCGCUCCCCUGAUUAAGAAUUUAGCCAAAAUGUUAUUUUAAAUUUAUAGACAAACAGAGUAUAUCUUCUCCCAGCAAUGCCCUGAAGUGCAGAGAUUUAAUGCAAGGCAUUAGGUCUUAGAAAUGAGAAACUAGAACAGACAGCAUUAUAUACACGUCACAAUGAAGGGAAAGGGCCAAAAGAAGGAGAGAGCGAUAAGGAGAAAGAAACUGAAGACGAGUGAGACAGAAAGGGGGUUCCUUUGACGUCAGUGCAUGCAUGACCUUAUAGGCCCUGCACUCACAAUCCAUCCAGUCUUCAUUUGAAAUGAAAUACUGAACUUAAAUACUACUGUAUAUAUCUCAAUCAUGUAGGUUUAAUGGUAAAAACAAUAAGCUAUUCCUUUUCACAGUGAUUUCCACUGAAUCCAGAUCUGGCUACACUACUCCUCUACCACAGGCUGCAGUGCAGUCAUAGUUUGAAGUUGUAAUUAACUCCCCAACUCUUUAUUGCUCUCUUCCUAUUUAAAGCCCUGUGUGAAUCAUGACCUCACCUCCCGUCACAAUGUGAGGUCACUGUCACUGUGUGGGUCUGAGGGCUGAUGGUGUUGGACACACAGCUGUCUGAUUGCAACACUAAUGAUGUGGGCACUGCCUGCUCUGCCUGUGGGGAGAAUAUGCUGCCUGAGCCUUGUAUGAAGACACAUUUAUUACACAUUUAGGUAACAGAAAAUAUGAAACUAAAUUCAGACGUCAUGAGCUCUUUAUGGGUCUCCUGCAUUAUACCAAUACAUGUGACUUGAGGAGAAUGAGAUGAUGGUUCUAAAUGCAGAUUCAAGUCAUGAUUAUUGCAAGGGAUAAGAUGUCAUCUGGAUUCAUUUAGAUCCCAGGCAUUUGGAGAAAAUCUCCCAAGCUGCCAGUGGCUGGGUGAUUGUGUGAAAUGACCUGAGACCUUAAGCUCUACUUUGACAGUGGAUGGGGUUUAAAACCUGUAUCGGCGUAUCUACUUUGUACUUUUUUUAAAAAUACAAUAUACUUUUUAUAUCUGAUGUGAUCUCUGCACUUGGCUUGAUGGUACAGGAGGGUGUCUGUGGUGCUUGCUUAAGUAUCAUGCAGAUCAUGUCUGUCUCUGUUGUGUAGCUACACUGCUUAUUCCUGCAUUAUGAUUCUAUGGUCUGACUGUAUCUGCCUCCCUUUCUGUAGGGCUUCCUGUGUUAGUUAUAGGUGGGUGGGGGGCGGGGACACAAUCCACAAACCUGAUUGGCAGAUGUGAGUUAAAAAGUGAGUGAGAGAGAAUGGCAUUGCUUACAUUUUUUAUUCAAUAACAGUUUGGAUGUUGUUUCUGUUGCUUAAAUAUCCUGCUUGUAGAUGCUGGUGUCAAUAAAGCUUUAAGAUAUGUG